AUGGCAUCUUCUUUAGUUUCUACAUUGGCUUUUGCUCAAAUAAUUCUUGUUCAAUAUGUUGAAUUAACUUUAUUUAUCGCUGGUACAGUUGGUUCUCUACUCAAUAUUCUGCUUUUUUCUCAAAAGAAAUUUCGUUCAAACUCUUGUUGCAUUUAUUUUCUUGCAGCAUCGAUCUCAACAUUAAUCAUGCUUUUCGUAGGUAUUCUUCCUCAAAUCUAUGCUCUCAACCACACUCCAAGUGAACUAUUCAAUGACAACUUAUGUAAAAUUCGAACUUAUUUAGCUCAAGUGAAUGCCAUGGCCUGUCGAUGGUUAUUAACAAUUGCAUGUAUUGAUCGUUGUUUGUUAACUUCGGCCGACGCUCGCUUUCGUCGUUUGGCGACGGCACCAAUAGCACGAAAAAUAGUUUUCUUCCUUUACAUCGUUUGGAUUUUAAUUCCUAUUCACGCGCUGAUCUUUGAAGAGACUCGAAGAGUCGGCUAUUUUAUUUGUAUAAUGUCAACUGAUGCAUCAGCUAUUUAUCAUAAUAUUUAUACAAUCAUCGCUGGCGGGAUCCUUCCACCAUUAAUUAUGUUGGCCUCUACGAAAAUUCUCUGGGCAAGUUUACAAGCAAAGCGACAGCGUCGAGAAUUGAUUGAAGGAAGACAGAGAAGAAAUGAAACUCAGGAUACUCAAGUUCUUAUUAUGCUACUGUUACAAGUUGUCAUCUUCAUCGUGUUCACUUUACCGUAUAUGUCAUCGAAUCUCUAUUUUGCAUUCACUCAAGUGGCGGUAUUUGUUCAUCCUGCUGUCACAUUCUAUUCAAAUACGUUAGCCUCACGAACAUUUCGAAAUGAAUUAUUCAUUAUUAUUCGGAAAAUUCUAAUUAACGUUUGUCGCCAACGUUUUUACCAUAUACGAAGAAUUCAUCCAGGUACUUUUACAGCAACAGGAACGCAUCGGCCAAAUAAUUUACCAAUGAUUCCAAUAAAUUAA